AAAUAUAACAAGAUGGGUAAACCAAAGUGCGACCCGCCAACCCCCACGUUCCCCUACAAGAUAUCAAAACGGUUGAACCUCAUGAGCGUAUCGCGCCCGUUGUUCACUGUGUCCGACGAGGGCAUGCCCGCCUACACGCCGCGCGGCAUCAGGGCGUCGGCGCUCCGCGGCCGGGGGACAGAGAGGGUCAAUGAAGCUGCUUGGCCUUAUUUGCGCCGCUUCCUUCUCACCAAACGCAUGUACAAGCACAUGUUCUCCACCGAGCGCCUCGAACGUAUCGACCGCAUGAUCGAGAUGGCGAACAGCACCGCCUACUCCAAGCUAGCUGGCUGCGUCAUCGACCUGAAGACCAAGGAGAAGAAGGACCCGAAGAAGAAGAAGGGAUGGAGCGAGACUGAGUGGAAGAAACAUAUGGACUAUAUCUCGCAGAUCGCGAAUCCGAGGAGGGACUUUACUGUGGAGGUUACUAGGCGUGGUGAGAGACGCAAGUUGGAGCAAUUGCUGCCUCGCAUCAACAUCAUUGCUAUGUUGCCCCACUUCAAGAUAUACCGUCGGCCCUCGCAGGAGUCCAACUACAGGGAUCCUACCAAGGUACCGCCGAAGGCCCUCAAAUACGUCAUAUCAGAAAGAGUAAAGAAACUGGCCAAGCCCCGAGAAAUACCGACAGGCGAAUAAACCAUCCUGUCUGAGCAGGAUAGCAUAUACGGAAUGUCAAGAAGAGUAAAGAUGAUGGCAGUAUCCCAAGUGAU